UGAACCUGCUCCAAACAACAACAGCGUCUCUCGCUCGCGGCUGGAUUUAGCGCGGACUAGGGUCGUUCUGGAUCCGUAUUGACUCCUGGUGGGGUGAAUCAGAGGCUGUGGUCUGCGCCUGUAGCGGUGUAUCGUGUCUCUGUGGAUGUUUACGGCACAGACGCGGUGAGAUGAGGUGAGAGGCUGCGCCGUGCAGUAAUUUAUCGCGGUGAUGAUGGAGCCAUAACGCGGCUGAUGCGAGAGGCGGAGGGUGGGGCCACGGAGGGAGCAGACUGUCUCUGACCGCGCUGCCGCCAGUCACCGGGCCCUGCCCGCCCUGGAGAAAAGGCUGCUGCUGCUGCUGAACGUGCGGAGGAUGAGCGGUCCGCGGUAGCGCGGUGCAGUCGUCAUCCUCCGCUCCAACAGGACUCAUUAUGAACGACACACAGGAAAUGUCUCCGGACUUCGUGCUGAUGCGGCUGGUGUCCGCGGCCGAGGAGCGGCUGGACGCGGAGAAUGGGAACGUCUCUGCGGUAAACGGAGUGGCGUUGGGCCACAGUGGAGGCAAAGCGGCUCUGGAGCUCAGCAGAGAGCAGGGCCUUGACAACAAAGCAGAGUCAGAGCCGCAGAGGCACGAGGGCCCGGGCUUUGAGUUCAGCACGAGCCCCGGAUUGAGGCCGCAGCUGCUCGUGUUCCCGGAGCUGGACCUGGACCGCGGUCCCGCUGUAAACAACAACAACGGCCUGAGCGCGCAAGACGCGCAGCAUCCUCCAGACGAGCCCUCAGGCGCGGACAGAGCCACUCGGGGGGCAGUUUUUGAGCUCGCGCGGAGGUUUGGAGAGCUGCCGCGGUGCUCGUGUCAGGCCCCUCACGCACCAGGGGCCACGGGGCCCGAGGUAGACGACCCCACGGAGACUAGCGAUGCCCUCCUCGUGCUGGAGGGCCUCGGAGGCGCACUGGACGAACCGCAAAGCGACGCGGAAGAUGCAGCGCGGCAGGACUUUUUGCUGCACCGAAAACGCGACAUUGUGCAGAAAAUGUCAGUGUCCAUCAGCAGCCUUCAGGCGGAGCUCACGCGCCAGGUGCAAGCUCACGUGCAAGGUGCAGAUGGAGGUGUGCCCUCUGACGUCACACAGGUAACUGCAAAGACUCCAGUUUCACCUGGGUUGCACUUGGCCCGUAGUCCCAGCCCAGGACUCACGUGCAUGCCCAGUCUCACGUGCACGCCCAGGAGAAGACCUGAGCGCUGUUCGAGCGCACCUCGGACUCCGUGCACGAGCCGCGCUGCAGCAGCAUCAGGAGAGAAGACUCUGAAGGGAAAGUCCAAAAAAGGUCUGAAGGUUCGUCUGAGUAAACUGUUCAGAACUAAGAGCUGCAGUGGCUCCUCACAUCUCCUGGACAAACGACCCUCCAUGACGUCAGUGUCAUCGUCCAACAGCCUCCUGGACGUGGGCGCGGAGCAGGACACAGCACACAGCCAGCCCAGACUGACCCGGGCCCACAGUGCCUUCUCUCCUGCUGCCCUCUCGGCUUCACUUGCUGCUUUUGCUGGUGAAACGGUCUCGUUGGUGGAUGUGGACAUUUCUCGUAGAGGGACAAACACUCCUCAUCCCCCCACACCUCCUCCUCCUCCACGCCGCUCCCUCAGUCUUUUAGAUGAUUUUGCGGGUGCUGUCCCGGUACAGCGGGGGCCCUUCGUGCUCAGUGUGAUGGGGGCAUCUCUUCAGUCUCUCCCCCUGCCUCCCCCUCCUCCCCCCUCCCUCUCCAUCCACCACAGCCUCAGCCUCAAUGACGCGUUUCUCCGAGCCCUCCCUCUCUCCACCCCCUCUGCGGCUGAAGCUCCGCCUCCUCGACAGGCCCCACCCUCAGUGCUCUGCGCCCUGAGACGGUCUGAGGCCAGCAACUUUGCAGCCAGUUUACGGGAGCUCGAGAAGUGUGGCUGGUACUGGGGUCCUAUGAACUGGGGCGAUGCAGAGAUGAAGCUUAAAGGGAAACCGGACGGGUCUUUUCUGGUGCGGGACAGUUCUGAUCCACGUUACAUCCUCAGCCUGAGCUUCAGGUCUCAGGGGGUCACCCACCACACGCGUAUGGAGCACUACAGAGGUACGUUUAGUCUAUGGUGUCAUCCGAAGUUCGAGGACCGCUGUCACUCUGUGGUGGAGUUCAUUGAGAGGGCCAUCAUGCACUCCAAAAAUGGAAAAUUCCUCUACUUCCUGCGAUCUCGGGUCCCAGGUCUUCCUCCGACUCCGGUGCAGCUGCUGUAUCCAGUGUCUCGCUUCAGUAAUGUCAAGUCUCUGCAGCAUCUGUGUCGCUUCUGCAUCAGACAGAUCGUCCGGAUCGACCACAUCCAGGAACUUCCACUGCCCAGACCGCUGAUCUCAUACCUGAGUAAGUUUUAUUACUACGAUCCGGAGGAGGAGAUGUACAUGUCAGUGAAGAAGAGUGUCCGAUCUAGUGAGGAGGCAGAGGCCGAGCCAGAGCCACAAACGUAGCACCAAACACCAAC